AUGUUUGAGAACGAAAAGGUCGACAACCCCGAGUCGUCCGAUCCCUCGAUCGAACGCAGAGUCGACAACUCCGAAGUACCCAGCCGCAAGAAGGAAGGAGGCAAUGGGAUCGACAACAGCGACAAGAUCAUUCUAACAGAAGAUGAUUGCUACGAAGAACUCGGCUUCUGCUUUCCUACCUGGAAGAAAUGGACGAUUCUAUCAGUCAUCUUCAUCGUCCAGGUCUCGAUGAACUUCAACACCAGUCUUUACAGCAACGCCAUCACUGGCAUGACUGAAGAGUUCAACAUCAGCGCUCAGGCUGCUCGUUGUGGUGCCAUGAUCUUCCUCGUGCUUUACGCCUUUGGUUGUGAACUUUGGGCACCCUGGUCUGAAGAGCUCGGAAGAUGGCCUAUCCUCCAGCUCAGUUUGUUCCUUGUCAACAUUUGGCAGAUUCCUGUCGCUCUUGCACAAAACUUCGGAACCGUCAUGGCCGGCCGUGCUCUUGGCGGUCUGUCAUCUGCCGGUGGUUCCGUCACCCUUGGUAUGGUUGCCGAUAUGUGGGAGUCCGAUGAACAACAAUAUGCUGUUGCUUUCAUCGUCUUCUCUUCCGUUGGUGGUUCCGUCCUUGGUCCCGUCGUCGGUGGCUUUGUUGAGCAAUAUGCUCAAUGGAGAUGGAACAUCUGGAUCCAGUUGAUCUUCGGUGGCUUCGUUCAAGCUCUUCACUUCUUCCUCGUCCCCGAAACCCGUACCAGCUGUAUGCUCGACAAGAUCGCAAAGAAGCGCCGUAAGGCUGGAGAGACCAACGUCUACGGUCCUACCGAGCUCAUCCCUUGGAAGGAUCGUUUCUCUGCAAAGGAGAUCAUUCAAACAUGGAUCCGUCCUUUCAAGAUGUUCCUCACCGAGCCCAUCGUUCUUACCCUAUCGCUUCUCUCUGGUUUCAGUGACGCUCUGAUCUUCAUGUUCCUGCAGUCAUACGCUCUUGUCUACGACCAAUGGGGCUUCUCUGCUUACCAGGUCGGUCUUGCAUUCCUGCCUCUCCUCAUUGGAUACUUCAUCGCCUGGUUCUCCUUCUUCCCUGCUAUCGCCCGUAACAAGAGACAACGUCGCGAGAACCCCAACGACGAACACGCUCAGUACGAGUCGCGUCUCUGGUGGCUCCUCUACACUGUUCCGUGUCUGCCCAUUGGUCUGAUCGGCUUCGCAUGGACCAGCGGAGGCCCACCGAUCCACUGGAUCGGAUCCAUGGUCUUCAGUGCCAUCAUUGGUAUCGCCAACUACUCGAUCUACAUGGCCACUAUCGACUACAUGAUCUGUGCCUACGGUCCUUACUCGGCCUCUGCCACUGGCGGUAACGGAUGGUCUCGUGAUUUCCUUGCCGGUGUGUUGACCGUACCCGCUACCCCAUUCUACCAAAACAUUGGUGGUGAGCACCACCUUGAGUACGCCUCGACCAUCUUGGCUUGUAUCGCUCUCCUCCUUGUCGUUUCUGUUUAUGUCAUUUACUGGAAGGGACCUGUUCUCCGCAAGCGUUCACCAUUCGCCCAGCAAUUGUCUUCUGCUCGCGAGGAGCAUGGUGGAAGGAGAGCUUCUGCUAUCUACGGACCCAGCAGAAACAACUCCAUGACUGCUUCGGUCAAGUCUAAAGCAUCAAACAGACAGUCCGUCUAG